AUGAUCGAAUAUAUUAUUCAGCUGAUGUGUCAAUAUGUAUUCCUGCGGGAACUCUUGAAGUUAAACUGCGACAUCCAACAGCUGAAGGCAUUGGAUUCGAACUACGGCGUCACCUGGAUGUUUAUGCCCGACGAUAACGGAAUGCCGCACAUUGUAGACCUUACGCAGCCGAACGACACAUAUCACGACGGCCGAAAAGGAAAUAUGCAGAAGGAUGUCACCUUCUACUACUUUCGCCAACACUCAAUCGACGAGAAUAAUUCGUUCAAGUUCGAUCCCGCUGCACCACUGACGCUAUUCGAGUCGUACGAUCCAAGGCUUCCGACCAAAUUCAUUAUUCACGGGUGGUUUAAUUCCAUGGGUAGUCCGAGUACACAGCAAAUCAAGAACAGCUACCUUCAAAAUAGAGAUAUGAACGUAUUCAUCGUAGACUGGGGACUAUUGGCUGCCGAUAUGAUGUACUAUACAGCGGCCACAGCCAUACGCGAUGUCGGAGGGCACGUGGGAGCACUCAUCGAUCGGAUGGUGGCAGAACGUGGAACGAACCUGAAAGAUGUGCACAUCAUUGGCCACAGUCUCGGUGCACAUACUGCCGGAUUGGCUGGAGCGGCGGUGACAAAGGGAAAGGUCGGGCGCGUUACCGGACUUGAUCCGGCUCUCCCUUGGUUUACCGAUCCCACCAACCGGCUCGACCCUGGCCAUGCUCAGUUCGUCGAUGUUAUACAUACCUGCGCCGGGAUGAUGGGCCAUGACAAGAAUCUGGGCCAUGCAGACUUUUGGCCGAACGGAGGUACUGCGACUCAGCCUGGAUGCGCUUCGCUCUUGGAGGAACUUAUGGGAGCCUGUAGCCAUGGACGAGCGUAUGAGUAUUUUGCCGAGUCCAUCACUAGGCCCAUGUCAUUUCAAGCUUAUUCGUGUACAAAUAUUGCGUACUUUCACGAUGCCCACUGCCAAUCAGAUCCGGUACCAAUGGGAGAAGCUACACCAUCAUCUGCUCGCGGCAACUACUUUCUUGACACGAAUCCGAGUCCAAUGUACGGUAAAGGAUUAAAGGCGCUUUCUGGUUCGAUCGAUUGA